AUGCUAACCAAGAUAAUUAAUUAGACGUCAUUCACAAUACCGAGCAAUGCAAGAAAAUUGGUCGUGUCAUUUUUAGAUGAAUAUCAUAUUUUGUGUUUGUGGGGACAGACGGCUGAGGCUCCACUUCAUGUUAUCCACCGACAAAAUAUAAUAGGGAGACCAGGAAGGAGUGCGACCAUGUCGCUGUCCCAGGGCGGUUCUGCAAGACGUCCCCAUGCCCCUGGUUUGGAAGAUGCCCAAGGUCUGCGGCCACCAGUCGGCCUUGUGGACACAGAGCGCUUGAUGUCGAGGCUCAUAUCGGUGGCUCCGAGCCAGGCACAACGCGAUCCAGAUGCCCUGGUAUUCACACACAGCACCAAGGGACAGGAGCGACGGAAGGCUGCACAAAGACCACAGCAGCUGGAGAUAUUGCCUGUUUUGAAAAGGUAUCAGGAACGGAACCAGCCACAAUAUGUGCACAAGAAGGCCCGCGAGAGACUGCUCAGCUCUGGCUGGAGGCCUGCUGUCAGCCCCUCCAUCGGAGAAGACCUCACCUCCCAGCUGGAGAGGAAGACAGUCUCAUCAGCGGUGCGCCUUCCAGAGUUGCCCGAGCAUGUCAAAGAGAAGCAGACUCAGCUGGGCAGCGUGCUCCUCCCUACGCCCCCUCCUCCAAGAGGGCAGCAGCAGACCCCCUCCUCUUCUGCCAAGGGGGGCGCCACCACCACCACCACCACCAGGGCUCUGUCCGCGGCGCUGCCCAGCCCGACGGCACCGGCGCCGCCGCUGUCCAAGCUGCUGCUCUUCAGCUCGGUGGAGGAGGUGGUGCGGGCGCGGCUCAGCUCCCCGCCGGAGAUCGUGCGCACCAUCCAGAACAACCCGCACCUGGGCUUCCUCUACAUGACCACCACCGAGCCCCGCUCCUCCGUGCACUAUGACCCCUACAGCCUCAAAAUCGUGACGUACAAGAGCAUCAACAAGCAGGACUACUACACCAUCAGCCAGCACGGUGUGACGUACACGUGCGAGGGCGAGGUGGACUUUAUGCCACUGUCGCGCUGGGAGUACGAGUACCGCUGCCACCGCCGCCUCCAGCGUAUACCCACCUUCGCCCACUUCCGCCACUGGCGCUCUUUCAGCGUCUGGCGCAAGAACGUGCGCUAUCGCAAGAUCAACCUGUGCAAGCGCGCGCUGCAGGAGAAGCUCUUUAUAGUCGACGAGUCACUGCGGCCAGCGUUGAUUGACAUAAGGGAGAUGUGCUACCGCAUUAGUGACAUGGGGCUGUGUCGCAUCGAGACCAACCGCACCUACUCCCUCAACAACUUCAAGGAGGACCAGUACAAGCAGCUCAAAGAGGUGAGCUCUCGUCUGGCCGAGUUCAGGGAGCUGGUGAAGGAGGUGGCCCGCACUGCCUGCCGCACGGCCAUGCUGGAGGCCGGCUACACACCUGACUAUGAGUCAGACAUAGGGGAGAGUGUGGAGGCAAAGAUGGCUGCUGAGUUGGGGCUGUAUGACGACGGCCCAGACAUGAUGAGCUACACAGAGCAGGCAAAGAAGCGAUACCACUGCAGCCGACUUACCUGCUUCAUCCGGCUGGCAGACUACCUGAUCGUGAACACGCUGCACAUCCUGGUGGUGCAGUCGGUGGAGAAGCUGCUGGGGGGGCUGAGGAAGCAGAUCGAGAAGACCCCGACCCAGGAGCUCAUCCUCAGCUGGGCCAGCGCACCAGAGCCCAGCCCCCCUACCGACAAGAAGGCCAGUGUGUCGGAGCUGACUCAAGGAGAGGCUCAACUUCAGCCCAUGUUCAUCACAGAGCUCAUGCUACUGACUGAGGCACUGUGCUACGAACCAUCUGUGGAUGAUUUUGAGGCGUGUGUGACAGACAUAAUCAGUAGCUUCCAGAGCACUGUGCUGUCUUUAGACUGCCUGGUACCUGACUCCUACUUCAACGCUUUCACACAACCCAGGAUCAACAACAAGGCUGAAGAGAAAACGUGUGGGGAUGGCCCAAGUCUGGAGGGAAUCCUUGAAAAUGAUGAACACCUGAAGGACAUCGUGGACAACAUCAAGGAAUGUCUGGACUUUGCCUUCAACACGGCCAAUACCUACGCGGGCACAUUUGAGCCGUUCCGCGUCUUCUACAAGGACAACGAACACCUGGACCUGGUCAAACUGAGCAUGCAACAGCACGAUGUGGCGUUCUUUGCGGAGCACCUGAUGAAGUACCACACUGAGCACCAACAGGCGCUGGCCAUCAAGCAGAAGAGGAACCUGGGCAUGCUGCUAGUGGACACCACCCAGCUCAAGGCCACCCUCAUACCCUCCCCACUGCGCUGUCUGGAGGCCAUCAACGAUAUGCUGCCGUUGCUGUCCAAGGAGAAGAUGGACGCCAUCAUUGCGGAGGUGCAGGACGGCCAGUUCAGGCUGGAGCUCACACCCUCAUCCACCAUCGAAUACGUCAACGCACUCACCUUCCUCGAGGAGAUCCAGGAGAGGAUCGAGGUUCUGGAGUCGCAGACGGCGACGGUGGCCGAGAUGUACAAGCUGAUCGAACAGUACAACGUGCCGACGCCGCCCGAAGACUUUGCCGUCUACGCCACGCUGCAGCCCUCCAUCACGGCCGUGCGCAACGCCAUCGACAAGGGCGUGGGCGAGCGCGACGCCAACAUCGACCGCUUCUGCCAGCACCUGCAGCAUGACAUCAGCAACCUCAACCAGGAGGUCAACAGGGUCAAACAGCAGGCACAGGACCGCAGCAUCUUGGACAUCAACGCCAACAAGGAGAAGGUGCGGCUGGUGCUGGGGGAGAUCCAGAUCUCCUUGGACGAGCUGCAGGGCAUCUCCUUCCAGUACAAGUCCUACCAGAAGAACUUCAAGGUGGAGGUGACCAAGUUUGAGGCUCUGGAGGAGCUGAGUGCGGAGAUGAAGCUGAAGAAGCUGCUGUGGGACGCCCUGGAGGAGUGGCAAGCUCUGGAGGAGGAGUGGAUGGAGUGCAAGUUUGAGGAGCUGGACCCCGAGGUGCUGAGCUCCCAGGUGGCCAAGUACAGCAAGUACGUGAUGCAGCUGGAGAAGGGCCUGCCCCCUAACACUGUCGUGCCCCAGCUCAAACGCCACGUGGAGGACCUCCGGGAGAAGCUGCCCCUGAUCACCAACCUGCGUAACCCGGCGAUGAAGAUGCGCCACUGGGAGAUCCUGGAGGCCAUCGUGGGCAGCAGUCUCCUGGAGGAGCCCCUCACCCUCUCCCGCCUGCAGCAGCUGGACAUCUUCCGCUUUGACGCAGAGAUACAGGAGGUGUCAGGCCAGGCCUCUGGAGAGGCAUCACUGGAGUCCAUUCUCAAAAAGGUGGAGGACUCUUGGAAGACCACAGAGUUUGUUGUUCUCUCUCACCGUGACUCCAAGGAUGUCUUUAUCCUUGGUGGCACAGAUGACAUUCAGGUGAACCUGGAUGACAGCAUUAUAAACGUAGCCACGGUGGCCUCCUCUCGCUACGUGGGGCCCAUCAAGGCCAGAGUGGACGAGUGGCAGAGACAGCUGGCCCUCUUCAACCACACCCUGGACGAGUGGUUGACGUGUCAGCGUAGCUGGCUGUACCUGGAGAGCAUCUUCAGCGCUCCUGACAUCCAGCGGCAGCUGCCCUCAGAGGCCAAGAUGUUCCUGCAGGUGGACAAGUCCUGGAAGGAGAUCAUGCGGAAAGUGAACCGCCUGCCCAACGCACUGAGAGCCGGAACGCAGCCAGGGCUGCUGGAGAUCUUCCAGAACAAUAAUGCCCUGCUGGAGCAGAUCCAGAAGUGUCUGGAGGCCUACCUGGAGUCCAAGAGGGUCAUCUUCCCCAGGUUCUACUUCCUGUCCAACGACGAGCUGCUGGAGAUCCUGGCCCAGACGCGGAACCCGCAGGCCGUGCAGCCGCACCUCCGCAAGUGCUUCGAUGCCAUCGCACGCCUGGAGUUCGCCCUGCUGCCACCAGGGGACUCAGCCGCGCCCGAGGGCGAGGCUGAGAAGGUCUUCAGCAACGACAUCCUGGCCAUGGUCUCGCCCGAGGGAGAGAAGGUGGCGCUGGGCAAGGGCCUGAAGGCCCGUGGGAAUGUGGAGGACUGGCUGGGGAAGGUGGAGGAGGGCAUGUUCUCCUCCCUGAGGCGCCUCAGCAAGGCCUCCAUCGCAGACUACCAGAACAAGCCCCGGGAGGAGUGGGUGGUGGCCGGACACCCCUCACAGGUUGUGCUGACCAUCUCCCAGCUGAUGUGGUGCAGGGACAUGGAUGGCUGCCUGGAGGGGGACCACGACCACUUCCAGGCCCUGCAGCAGUUUGAGCAGACCAACUUUGAUAGGCUGAAUGCCCUGGCUGCUCUGGUGCGUGGUAACCUCCCCAGCCUCCAUCGUAACAUCAUCACCGCCCUCAUCACCAUUGAUGUGCACGCACGAGACAUCGUCACCGACCUCGUCAAGCAGAAGGUGGACUCGAGCAGCAACUUUGAGUGGCAGAGGCAGCUGCGCUACUACUGGGAUCUGGACCUGGACAACUGUGUGGCACGCAUGGCCCUGUCCCAGUACAUCUACGGCUACGAGUACCUGGGAGCCUGCCCCCGCCUCGUCAUCACGCCACUCACGGACCGUUGCUACCUGUGUCUGAUGGGGGCCCUGCAGCUGGACUUGGGGGGAGCCCCCGCGGGGCCCGCAGGCACAGGCAAGACGGAGACCACCAAGGACCUGGCCAAGGCCCUCGCCAUACAGUGCGUGGUCUUCAACUGCUCAGACGGACUGGACUACAAGAUGAUGGGGACGUUCUUCAGCGGCCUGGCCCAGUCUGGAGCCUGGUGCUGCUUUGACGAGUUCAACCGCAUAAACAUCGAGGUGCUGUCCGUCAUCGCCCAGCAGCUCAUCACCAUCAGGAAUGCCAAGGCUGCCAAGUUAUCACGCUUCAUGUUUGAGGGUCGUGAGAUCAAGCUGGUGAUGACGUGCGCGGCCUUCAUCACCAUGAACCCUGGUUACGCCGGCCGCACGGAGCUGCCCGACAACCUCAAGGCCCUCUUCAGACCCAUCGCCAUGAUGGUGCCCAACUACGCACUCAUCGCUGAGGUGAUCCUGUACUCAGAGGGCUUUGAGUCCAGUAAGACGCUGGCCCGUAAGAUGACUCAGAUGUACAAGCUGUGCAGUGAGCAGCUCUCCCAGCAGGACCACUACGACUUUGGCAUGAGGGCCGUCAAAUCCGUGCUGGUCAUGGCCGGCUCUCUGAAGAGGGCCAACCCCCACCUGAGUGAGGACGUGGUGUUGAUCAGGGCUCUGAGAGACUCCAACCUGCCCAAAUUCCUCACUGACGACGCUGAGCUCUUCAGUGGCAUCCUAUCAGACCUGUUCCCCGGCGUCUCCAUCCCCGAGCACGACUACGGCGUGCUCAAGUCCACGGUGGAGUGGUCGCUGUGCCAGCGCGGCCUGCAGCCCGUGCCCGCCAUGAUCGCCAAGGUCAUCCAGCUGUACGAGACCAUGCUGGUGCGCCACGGCGUCAUGCUGGUGGGGCCCACGGGCGGCGGCAAGACCACCGUCUACACCUCGCUGGCCGACGCCCUCGCCAAGCUGCACGCCGACGGCCACGAGGACGCCUUCUACAUGCCUGUCAAGACCUACGUGCUGAACCCCAAGUCCGUCACCAUGGGAGAGCUGUACGGAGAGGUGAACCCUCUGACGCUGGAGUGGCGCGACGGCCUGAUGGCGCUGAGCGUGCGCGCGGGCGUGAAUGACACAAGCGACGAUCACAAGUGGGUGAUCAGCGACGGGCCCGUGGACGCGCUGUGGAUCGAGAACAUGAACACGGUUCUGGACGACAACAAGAUGCUGUGCCUGGCCAACAGCGAGAGGAUCAAGCUCACCAACUCCAUACACAUGGUCUUCGAGGUGCAGGAUCUGGCGGUGGCUUCCCCGGCCACAGUGAGCCGCUGUGGUAUGGUCUACAUAGACUCGGACGACCUCAAAUGGAUGCCCUAUGUUCAGACCUGGCUGGCUGGCCUGGAAAACAAGCUGAGCCACAACAUCCGCUCGUACCUGCAGGACCUGUUUGAGCUGCACGUGGAGAAGGGCCUGCAGUUCGUGGCCAAGAAGUGUGUGCAGGCCAUGGCCCAGGUGGACAUCAGCAAGGUCACUACCCUCUGCUGCCUGCUGGAAACGCUGCUGCUUGGGCCCAAAGCCCACAACCUCAACUCGGACCCUAAGAAGCUGAACAGCAUGCUGUGCCAGACUUUUGUGUUCUGCUACCUGUGGGCGGUGGGGGGCAACCUGACCGACAGCCAAUGGGACGCCUUCGACACCUUCGUCAGGCAGCAGUUUGAAGACAACAACGACGCCAAGCUGCCCAGCGCCAGCGACCUGUGGGGCGUCUACAUGGACUUUGACAACAAGCGGCUGGAGCCGUGGGAGCGCAUCAUCCCCAGCUUCCGCUACAACCCCGAGACGCCCUUCUUCGAGAUGCUGGUCCCCACCACCGACACCGUGCGCUACGGUUACCUCAUGGAGAAACUGCUGUCCAUCAAUCACUCUGUGCUCUUCACUGGCAUGACAGGAGUCGGGAAGUCGGUGGUGGCUCGUGGUCUGCUGACCAGUGUGCAGGAGGAGGCUGGCUAUGUGCCGGUCUACAUCAACUUCUCAGCCCAGACCUCCUCGGCCCGCACGCAGGAGAUCAUCGAGUCCAAGCUGGAGAAGAAGAGGAAGAACAUACUUGGUGCCCCUAUCAAUAAGAAGAUCGUGAUCUUUGUGGACGACCUGAACAUGCCAAAGCUGGACAGCUACGGCUCGCAGCCCCCCAUCGAGCUCCUCCGGCAGUUCCAGGACUUCAGGGGCUUCUACGACCGGGAGAAGUUCUUCUGGAAAGAGAUACAGGACAUGACCAUUGCUGCAGCGUGUGCCCCCCCUGGUGGUGGUAGGAACCCGGUGACGCCGCGCUUCAUACGCCACUUCAGCAUGCUGUGCCUGCCCACACCCUCAGAGAACAGCCUCAAGCAGAUCUUCAAGGCGAUCCUGGGUGGUUUCCUGAACGAGUUCCCGGUCACGGUGAAGCAGUGUGCAGGCAGCAUCGUGGACGCGGCCGUGGAGAUCUACCACCGCAUGAGUGUGGACCUGCUGCCCACGCCGGCCAAGUCACACUACGUCUUCAACCUCAGGGAUCUGUCCAAGUGUGUACAAGGCAUGCUGCAGUGUGAGCCCGGCUCGGUACGGGACCAGAACCAGGUCUUCCGCCUGUUCUGCCACGAGUGCCAGCGCGUCUUCCACGACAGACUCAUCAACAACGAGGACAAGACCUACUUCAACACCAUGGUCGCCGAGAUGGCCAGUAAAUAUUUUGGCUUCCAGCUCGAGCCGGAGUACUUCAUCACAAAACCCAUCAUCUUCGGAGAUUUCAUCAAGGUCGGGGCGGACAAGGCAGAUCGCAUCUAUGAGGACCUGACAGACAUGGAGAAGAUACGCAGCGUUUUGCAAGACUAUCUGGACGAUUACAACAUGGCCUUCUCCAAGGAGACCAAGCUGGUUUUCUUCCAAGAUGCUGUCGAACAUGUGUCUCGGAUUGCUCGUAUGAUCCGUCAGGAGCGGGGUAAUGCCCUAUUGGUCGGUGUGGGCGGGACAGGCAAACAGUCUCUGACCCGAUUAGCGGCCCACAUGUGCGGCUACCGCUGCUUCCAGAUCGAGCUGAGCCGUGGCUACAACUACGACAGCUUCCACGAAGACCUGCGCAAGCUCUACAAGAUGGCCGGUGUGGAGGGCCAGAACAUGGUCUUCCUCUUCACAGACACACAGAUCGUGGUGGAGGAGUUUCUGGAGGACGUGAACAACAUGCUGAACUCGGGCGAGGUGCCCAACCUGUUUGAGAAGGACGAGCUGGAGCAGGUGCUGGCCGCCACCAGGCCCAGGGCCAAGGAGGCCGGCAUCUCCGAGGGCAACCGAGAUGAGGUGUUCCAGUUCUUCAUCCAGCGUGUGCGUGAGAAGCUGCACAUCGUGCUGUGCAUGAGUCCCGUGGGAGACGCCUUCAGGUCCAGAUGCCGCAUGUUCCCCUCGCUCGUCAACUGCUGCACCAUCGACUGGUUUGUGCAGUGGCCGCGUGAGGCGCUGCUCUCCGUCUCGCGCACCUUCUUCCAGGCGGUGGACCUGGGCAGUGAGGAGAUGAAGGCCAGCCUGACGGAGAUGUGCGUGGAGAUCCACGUCAGCGUCAGCGAGAUGGCCGAGCGCUUCUACGCCGAGCUGCGCCGCCGCUACUACACCACCCCCACCUCCUACCUGGAGCUCAUUAAUCUCUACCUGGCCAUGCUGGGCAAGAAGAGGAACGAGCUGGUCAUGGCCCGUGACCGAGUGAAGAACGGCUUGGCGAAGCUGCUGGAGACCAACGAGCUGGUGGACAAGAUGAAGAUCGACCUGUCGGCCCUGGAGCCCGUACUGAAGCAGAAGUCCAUCGACGUCAACGCCCUCAUGGAGAAACUGGCCGUCGACCAAGAGAAAGCAGACCAGGUGCGGCGCGUGGUGAAGGAGGACGAGGCCCUGGCCAAGGUGAAGGCGGAGGACACGCAGGCCAUCGCCAAUGAUGCCCAGCGGGACCUGGACGAGGCGCUUCCCGCGCUGGACAGCGCCAACAAGGCCCUGGACGCCCUGGACAAGGCAGACAUCUCUGAGAUACGCGUCUUCACCAAGCCGCCCGACCUCGUCAUGACCGUCAUGGAGGCCGUCUGCAUCCUCCUCGGAGCCAAGACGGACUGGUCCAGCGCCAAGCAGGUCCUGGGCGACUCCAACUUCCUGCGCAAGCUGAUGGAGUACGACAAGGAAAACAUCAAGUCGGCCAUCCUGGGCAAGCUGCAGAAGUACAUCCAGAACCCCGACUUCAUCCCUGAGAAGGUGGAGAAGGUGUCCAAGGCCUGCCGCUCCAUGUGCAUGUGGGUGCGCGCCAUGGACCUCUACUCCCGCGUGCUCAAGGAGGUCGAGCCCAAGAGGAAGAAACUGGCUGGAGCACAGGCGGAGCUGGAUGCGACAAUGGCCACCCUGCAGGAGAAGCAGGCCAAGCUGCAGGAGGUGGAGGACCAGAUCAAGGUGCUGCAGGACCAGUUCGACAGCAGCGUGGCCGAGAAGGAGGGACUGGCUAAGACCAUGGCGCUGACAGAGGCUCGUCUGGGCCGCUCGGGGAAGCUGACGGCGGCGCUGGGUGACGAGCAGGUGAGGUGGCAGGAGAGCAUCGCCUACUUCGAGCAGGAGAUCAACAACGUCACCGGCAACGUCUUUAUAGCCGCCGCCUGCGUGGCCUACUACGGGGCCUUCACAUCGCACUACAGACAACAGCUGAUAGAGCAGUGGAUAGCACGCUGCCAGGAGCUGGGCAUCCCGAUCAGCGAUAACUUCAGCCUCAUCAACAUCCUGGGAGACCCUUACGAAAUCCGCCAGUGGAACGCAGAGGGCUUGCCACGGGACACCGUCUCCACGGAGAACGGUAUCCUGGUGACGCGAGGGCGCCGCUGGCCACUCAUGAUCGACCCUCAGGACCAGGCCAAUCGGUGGAUCCGCUCCAAGGAGACUGUGAAUGGGCUAAAGGUCAUCAAGCUGACGGACUCUGGCUUCCUGCGGACGCUGGAGAACGCUAUCCGCAUGGGCAUGCCCGUACUGCUGGAGGAGCUGAAAGAGACCCUGGACCCAGCGCUGGAGCCGAUCCUGCUGAAGCAGACGUUUGUAACGGGAGGCAGGACGCUCAUCCGCCUGGGAGACUCGGACAUAGACUACGACAAGAACUUCCGAUUCUACAUGACCACCAAGAUGGCCAAUCCACACUACCUGCCAGAGGUCUGCAUCAAAGUGACCAUCAUCAACUUCACUGUGACUAAGACUGGCCUGGAGGAUCAGCUUCUGAGUGACGUGGUGCGUCUGGAGCGUCCGGAUCUGGAGGAGCAGCGCAGCCAGCUGAUCGUGCGCAUCAACGCGGACCGCAACCAGCUGAAGGCCAUCGAGGACCGCAUCCUCAAGCUGCUCUUCCACUCCAAGGGGAACAUCCUGGACAACGAGGAGCUUGUGCAGACCCUGCAGGAGUCAAAGGUGACAUCGGAGGCCAUCAAGAUGCGUCUGCAGGAGGCUGAGGCCACGGAGGAGAUGAUCAACACGGCACGAGAGAAAUACCGCCCCGUCGCCACGCGAGGCUCCGUCAUGUACUUUGUCAUCGCCAGCCUCUCCGAGAUAGACCCCAUGUACCAGUUCUCACUCAAGUACUUCAAGCAGCUCUUCAACGCCACAAUCAAGGAUUCUGAGAAGAACAGCGACCUGUCUGCGCGUCUGGAGAUCCUGCUGAGCAGCACGCUGCUGGCGGCCUACACCAACGUGUCACGGGGCCUGUUCGAGCAGCACAAGACCAUCUACAGCUUCAUGCUGUGCGUGGAGAUCAUGAUGCAGCGAGGCGAGCUCACCAACGACGAGUGGCAGUACUUCCUGCGCGGGGCAUCCGGCAUGGACAAGAAGCGAGAGCUGGCCCCAGACGUGCCGUGGUUGAGUGACCAGCUGUGGGAGGCAUGCUGUGAUCUGGAGGACCGCAUAGAGGCCUUCACCGGCCUCAAGACAGACCUCAUCUGCUACCCAAUGGUCAUCACCAUGGGUCGUGUGACGGUGCACAUAAACCCUGAAGAGUGGGAGGGCUACCUGCCCGACCCCCCUGUGGAUAAGAACCAGCCGCUCAAGGUGGAUUGGAGCACGUGCCUCACCACCUUCCAGAAACUCUUACUCAUCAAGAGCUUCACCGAGGAGAAGGUGGUGUUGGCGGUGACUGAGUUUGUGAUCGUGAAUCUGGGCAAGACAUUUGUGGAGAACCCCCCGGUGGACUUGGCCACCCUGUAUGCCAACAUGUCCCCCUCCACGCCCCUGGUCUUCAUCCUCAGCACCGGCUCCGACCCCAUGGGCGCCUUCCAGAGGUUCGCCAAGGAGCGCGGAUACCUGGACAGGGUGGAGUCUAUCUCCCUGGGCCAGGGUCAAGGCCCCAUAGCUGAGAAGAUGAUCCUGGAGGCCAUGAAGAACGGCAACUGGAUCUUCCUGCAGAACUGUCACCUGGCCGUCUCCUGGAUGCUCGCCAUGGAGGAACUCAUCAAGACCUUCUCAGAGAUCGGCACGGUCAUCCAUGACAACUUCAGGCUCUUCCUGAGCUCCAUGCCCACCAAAGUCUUCCCUGUCACUGUCCUGCAGAACUCUGUUAAGGUGACCAACGAGCCUCCCAAGGGGCUGCGUGCCAACAUCCGCCGGGCCUUCACGGAGGUGACGCCCAGCUUCUUCGAGGAGCACAUCCUGGGCCGCAAGUGGAGGAAGAUCAUCUUCGGGGUCUGCUUCUUCCACGCCAUCAUACAGGAGAGGAAGAAGUUUGGUCCUCUGGGCUGGAACAUCAGGUACGAGUUUAACGACAGCGACCGCGAGUGUGCCCUGCUCAACCUCAACCUCUACUGCCAGUCUGGUCACAUCCCAUGGGACGCCCUCGUCUAUAUCACAGGUGAGAUCACGUAUGGUGGCCGGGUGACAGAUGAGUGGGACCAGCGGUGUCUCCGCACCAUCCUCAAAGGCUUCUUCUCCCCACCCACACUGGCCAUGGGGUACAAGUACUCCGAAUCAGGGAUCUACUAUGCGCUGAACUCGGACAGCCUGGCGGAAUACAAGCAGUACAUAGAGAACCUGCCGCUGAUCGACGACCCAGAGAUCUUCGGCAUGCACGAGAACGCCAACCUGGCCUUCCAGAGGCAGGAGACCAUGACUCUGAUCAACACUAUUCUGGAGGUGCAGCCGCGCUCCUCCGCCGGAGGGGGGGGCAAGAGCACCGACGAGAUCGUAAACGAGCUGGCCGAGUCCAUCCUGGCCAAGAUACCCGUGCGUUUGGAUAUGGAUGAUGCUGCUGAGAGUCUGUUUGAGCGUGAUGAGAACGGCCGCCUCAACUCCCUCACCACAGUGCUGGGCCAGGAGGUGGACCGCUUCAACAACCUGCUACGCGUACUCCGGACGUCGUUGGGCACCCUGAAGAAGGCCAUAGCGGGUCUGGUGGUGAUGUCAGAGGAGAUGGAACGCAUCUACAACAGCUUCCUGAGCAACCAGGUGCCCGGCCACUGGGCCAACGCCGCAUACCCCUCCCUCAAGCCCCUCGCCAGCUGGGUCAAGGACCUCACCCUGCGCACACAAUUUGUAGAGAACUGGAUCACGUCUGGCCAGCCCAGAUCCUUCUGGAUCUCUGGACUCUUCUUCCCACAGGGAUUUCUCACAGGAGCCCUUCAGAACCAUGCACGUAAGUACAACCUGCCCAUCGAUGAGCUGAACUUCUGCUUCAACAUGGUGCCUGUGUACCGGGACCAGGCGGUGGCAGCUGAGAAGCUGAAGGAGGAGGAGGAUGAUGUGGACAUCGACGAAGAGUUACCGGUCAUCGAGGACGGCGUGCUGGUGCACGGCAUGUACAUGGAUGCGAGUCGCUGGGACGAUGAGGACAUGGUGAUCGAGGACGCGCUGCACCGCCAGAUGAACCCCAUGCUGCCCGUGGUGCAUUUCGAGCCGCAGCAGAACUAUGUGCCCGACCCCCUGCUCUACCACGCGCCCCUCUACAAGACCUCCGUACGCGCAGGCACACUGUCCACCACAGGCCACUCCACCAACUUCGUGAUCACAGUGCUGCUCCCCUCCAAGAGGCCAAGUGACUACUGGAUCGCUAAGGGCUCCGCGUUGCUAUGCCAACUCAACGAGUGAUGCAGAGUCGGUCCUGCCUCGUCUCGGCUGUCUUUGCACUUUCCUCUCCGCCCCUCUCCCCUACUGCUCCCUUGGAGACCUUAUUUUAUGUUUUUGUACUCCCCUCUUACUGUAAAUGCCCUCUACAACUCUAUUGAUUAAAAUGGCACAGAUAAUCAUGA